CGGCUGCGACCAUGAAGGAGAGACGGGCUCCGCAGCCAGUGGUGGUCAGGUGUAAACUCGUUCUGGUGGGAGACGUGCAGUGCGGGAAGACGGCGAUGUUGCAGGUGCUGGCGAAGGACUGCUAUCCGGAGACCUAUGUGCCCACCGUGUUUGAGAACUACACGGCCUGUCUGGAGACAGAGGAGCAGCGAGUGGAGCUCAGUCUCUGGGAUACUUCGGGCUCUCCCUACUAUGACAAUGUCCGUCCACUCUGCUACAGCGACUCGGACGCGGUAUUACUAUGCUUUGAUAUCAGCCGUCCAGAGACAGUGGACAGCGCGCUCAAGAAGUGGAGGGCAGAAAUCCUAGAUUAUUGUCCCAGCACACGUGUGUUGCUCAUCGGCUGCAAGACUGACCUGCGGACAGACCUGAGCACCCUGAUGGAGCUGUCUCACCAGAAGCAGGCCCCCAUCUCCUAUGAACAGGGCUGUGCAAUAGCCAAGCAGCUGGGAGCAGAAAUCUACCUGGAAGGCUCCGCUUUCACCUCGGAAAAGAGCAUCCACAGCAUCUUCCGCAUGGCCUCCGUGGUGUGUCUGAACAAGCCCAGCCCCGCGCCCCCGCGGAGCCCCGUCCGAAGCCUCUCCAAACGGCUGCUCCACCUGCCCAGCCGCUCUGAACUCAUCUCCUCCGCCUUCAAGAAGGAAAAGACCAAGAGCUGUUCCAUCAUGUGAAGUGGGAACAGGGGCGGGGAGCCCCCACUUCCUCCCUUGGGGUGCAGAGGCACGGGGAGAGGGAGGGUGAGACACUUGAGGACACUGGAUGUGAGAUGAUCAGAUGGCCAUGGUGAGGGCUUGGAAGGCGACAGGAAUGGGACAAGGAGUGACACUGAGAAAGAACCAUCAUACCCAAGCCAGGUACUAAAUUGUGGCGAGGCCUUCUGUCCCAGGGCCCCCCACCCCUGCUUCAGAGGAAGGAAAGGUGUGUGGAGGUAUGGGGUGGGGCAUGCUGGGCUCAGGGGACCCCGGGAGCCCCAGGAGCUUCUUCCACACAGCUCUUCCAUGCAGGCAGGGGACAGGACGGGUGCCCAGCCCUUCCGGUCCCCUCUGAGCAGGAGGCCCAGGAGUGGAGAGUGAGGACGCCGGCUGGCAGCUCCCUUGGGAGCACAGCCCAGGUGCUUCAGAAGCAGGCGGCAGGAGCUGGUCAGAGCCGAGGAGA